AUGAAAGUAACUAUCCGCGAAUGGAACGCUGUCGCAGCUUGGCACUGGGACAUGCCCGAUGACGAUGUCUGUGGAAUCUGUCGCAACCCAUACGACAGCACCUGUUCCAAGUGCAAGUUCCCAGGCGAUGAGUGCCCGCUACUACUUGGAGAAUGCAAUCACUCUUUUCACAUGCACUGUAUUUUCGACUGGUUAAAGCAGGAGAGCUCUUUGGAAAAGUGUCCCAUGUGUCGCCAGCCAUUCAAGUCAAAGAGUCAAGACGCGCCAACCGCCACCGAGACGCCCAGACAGAUACAGGAACCGGAUACAAGUCCCCUGUAA